AUGUCUGACUCCCCUCAAAGCCAGUUGACGGAACAAUUGAAGAAUUUGCUGACGAAAGUAGACAAGGAUGCGUUACAUCCCUUGACCAAACUAGUAUCUCCUUCAGAACCAGUGGAUAUACAGCAAAUACGAGAAGGUCGUCAACAACGAGAGAGAACGUCGGAGAGCUCGUCAUCAUCUAUAUCAUCCUUACCAACUGAAAUAUUAGAACCGCCAUCAAACCAACCUCAAGUUAAUAGUACACCGGCGCUUGCUAGCCCACAGCCGCAACAUUCAUCUUUUCGUCGAAAACAUUCAAUUCAUAAAUUCAAUCGAAGUCAGUAUAGUCUUAGUUCCAUGUCCUCUACGCCAUACGGGUCCACUGUGCCAAGUAUAAGUAGCUCACCAAAGGACAAUUUUGCAAGAGAACCACCACGGAUACAUGCAAAGUUGUAUUGCGAGGAUGUAGCCAAAAGCAACAAGACGGCAAAAGAUGUAUUGUCUCGGUUAUCUUCCGAUGAGUUGAGAUCGGUUAAGAGUCAUACUGAGUUGGCAGAAACUGCGAAUGGAGUGAGGAUGUUAGCCAAGAAUCUUUCGAGGGCGACUAUACAAUUGGAUGUUAGGGCAUUGAUGAUUGUAACAAAAGCGAGAGAUAAUGCUUUGGUUUACUUGACGCGAGAAGUUGUUGAAUGGCUAUUGUCAAAUCAUACUGAAAUCACAGUAUUUGUUGAUUCAAAACUAGAGCAUUCGAAAAGAUUUGAUAGUAAACGCAUGGUUAAACAGUAUCCCAGUGCUUCCAAGCAUUUGCGAUACUGGAACAAAGAGUUGACUUUGAAAUCACCUGAAUUGUUUGAUUUGGUGGUUACGCUUGGUGGAGAUGGUACCGUGCUUUAUGUUUCCAACUUGUUUCAACGAGUUGUACCACCAGUAUUGUCAUUUUCAUUAGGAAGUUUAGGGUUUUUAACCAAUUUCAAGUUUGAUGACUACAAAUCUAAAUUAAAUCAUUGUUUAGAUUCAGGAGUGAAAGCAAAUUUAAGAAUGAGAUUUACUUGUCGAGUACAUACCGCCGAGGGCAAACUCAUAUGUGAGCAACAAGUUUUGAAUGAAUUGGUUGUUGAUAGAGGGCCUUCUCCCUUUGUGACAAACUUGGAACUUUAUGGUGAUGGAUCAUUGUUGACUAUAGCACAAGCUGAUGGACUUAUUAUUGCAACACCAACAGGUUCAACGGCAUACUCUUUGUCUGCUGGAGGUUCCCUAGUUCAUCCAGGAGUUAGCGCUAUUAGCGUGACGCCUAUUUGCCCUCAUACGUUAUCUUUCCGCCCUAUAUUGUUACCAGAUGGGAUGUUUUUGAAGAUCAAAGUACCUGUAACCAGUAGGUCCACUGCAUGGUGUUCGUUUGAUGGGAAAGUGAGAAAAGAGCUUAGCAAAGGGUACUACGUCACAAUACAAGCUUCUCCUUUCCCAUUCCCCACAGUCAUUGCUUCCAAAACGGAAUACAUGGAUUCAGUUAGUAGGAACUUGAAUUGGAAUGUUAGAGAGCAACAGAAACCGUUUAGUUCGUAUUUGAAGCCAGAAACAAGACAAAUGAUGGUUGAGAAUGAUAAUGGAGAAUUCAAACCAGAGCAGAAUGAGGAUAACGAAGAUUUCGACAUCAACUACAGUGAUCAAGAAGAAUCAGAAGAAAAGACGUCAUCGAGUAAUACCACGAGUGAGACCAAUAGUGAGGAUAUGCUGUAUCUUCCUUUGGGUGGUGGUACUCAAACACCUACAACCAAUAAUCAAGAUGACCGAUGUUGCUAUGCACAUCCACACGCAAGAGUACAUUUGAAUGGAAAUUGA